UGCGAUCGCGCGUCGACAUCGGACGCUAUGGCACACUCGUGCCUUAUGUUCCACCGAAGCUCCGAUGUGCUCUGGCAUAUACCUUCGCAUUGCUUCCUACCAGCUCGGCUGCCGAUGUGCAUAUGCGAGUAAGUGAUGGAGGGGGCAUGGAGGCUGGAUCAUCGUGCAUUGGAGCUGGGAGUGGUGGUAGAGAUGCAAUUCUGCCUAGAAGCUUGUCAGCCACUGCACCAGCACCAAGUGACGGGAAGGCACCAGCUCUGGCCAGACCAUCGGGCACCAGGAAAGGAGGUGGUGCUGCUGAGUGGAACGAGGGACAGACGAAGCUGCUGCUAGAGUACUACUACAAGUACUUCCCGCAGAUUGGUCCGUUCAAGAAAUUUCAAAACAAAAAACAGGCUUUCAAGCAAAUAUCCAUGGACGUUGAAGCUGUACUUGGCAUCAAAAAAACAGCAGAGCAAUGUGAGAACCGGUACAAAACUGUGAUCAGACAUCGCAAGGCUGCCUCGGACAACAACAACAGAUCUGAAGCAUCACCGACUCCUGUGCCAUUUGACGACGAGAUGCGUAAAAUAGAAACUAUUGACGAUAGCAUUGAACCAGAAGUGCAAAGAGAUGCCUCGGGGGUUAUUUUCAAGGACUCGGCCGAAUCUCCAGCACUAGUCUCACCAAAGGCAGAUAGCAUUGAGAAAAAUGAAAGCCAGUCACCAAAUGCUGAUGUGAAACCGCGUGGAAACACUACACGCUUGCAACACAUGCAACUGUUUUUUUUCUGAAAUGAGGGCUAUUAAUAAAGAGCGUGAGUGUCGGAAAGCAGCCAGAGAUGCCGAAAAAGAAAAUCGCAGAGCUCAAAGGCAGGUUGAGCGACAGGCACUUCUUGAAGAGCGGCGCAAGAUGCACGAUGAGCGAAUGGAAAUCCUGCGUCAAGCCUUCGGUCUUCAGCAAUAAAAUAUUUCAUAUUCAGGACUAGUAAGAGAGACGGCAAA